AUAAAACUAUUAAACCUUCAAGCCAAUUAACAAACAUAUUAUAUAACAUGUCCGGCAACGAGCCAUCUUUUCCGGCAACCAAAGUGGUGGUAGUAAUGGUCCCAUUUGUAGCCCAAGGCCACCUCACCCAGCUCUACCACCUUUCCCACCUCAUCUCCACCUACAACCUCCCCGUCCACUUUGUCAGCACCACCGAUUGCAUCCGUCAAGUCCGUUCUCGCCACCAUACCACCACCGCCCUCAACUUCCAUGAAUUUACCGUCCCACCCUUCACCUCCCCACCACCACACCCAUCCACCCCUUAUCCCUCCCACCUUCAACCCUUAUUCAACUCCACCCUCCACCUCCGCCACCCUACCGCCACCCUCAUACGUCAUCUCGCACAACAUUUUCAAAAAGUCGUUGUCAUCCAUGACGUUCUCAUGUCCUACGUUGUUCAGGACGUCAAACUAAUUCCGAACGCUGAAACAUAUGUCUUCCAACCGCCGCCAGCUUUCUACAUAUCCUCUCGCCACUGGGAGAGAACCGGCGGCAGCGGACCGUUUCCGGUUGAACCGGAACUAAUGAAGAGGUUACCUUCUCAAGAUGGAAUUACUAGCCCGGAGUUUUUGAAGUUCGCGGCUCUUCAAAAACCUGAUAUGAAUCACGUCGGAGAGUUAUACGAUUCUUCGAGAGUGAUUGAAGGUAAAUUUUUUGAAUAUUUGGAGAAAGAAGAGAAAAAGAAGAUAUGGGCUGUUGGGCCGUUGAACCCAGUUCAUAUAGCAUCUAAUGCGACGGGUUUAAAGAACCGUCAUAGAUGCUUGCAGUGGCUGGACAAGCAGCCUGCAAAUUCGGUUAUUUAUGUGUCUUUCGGGACGACAACUACCUUUAGUGACGAACAAAUUAGGGAACUGGCUCUCGGGUUAGAGAGAAGCGGCCAAAGGUUUGUUUGGGUGGUUCGAGUGGCGGAUACAGGGGAUUCGGUUGGGUUCGAGGAGAGGAAGGUUGAGUUGCCAGAUGGGUUUGAAGAGAGGGUGAGGGGGCGUGGGUUGAUCGAGCGGUCAUGGGCCCCACAGUUGGAGAUUUUGGGACAUUUUGCUACGGGUGGGUUUAUGAGUCACUGUGGGUGGAAUUCGAGCAUGGAGAGUAUGUCCAUGGGAGUGCCGAUAGCUGCGUGGCCAAUGCACUCUGAUCAGCCGAGAAAUGCGUUUUUGAUAACGGAUGUUCUUAGGAUUGGUGUACCGAUGAAGAAUUGGGAGCGUAGAAAUGAGUUGGUGAAGGCUAAUGUGGUGGCAGAGGCUGUUAAGACACUAAUGGGUUCCGAGGAAGGGGAGGAGAUGCGGAGGAGAGCGGUGAAAUUGGGCACUGAGGUCAAGGAAUCGGUGGCGGAAGGUGGUGCAAGUCGUAGGGAAAUGGAUUUCUUCAUAUCUUAUAUACGUUCUUAGCUUAAUUAUAUUGAGCAUUUUUACCAAAGAGCAUUUCGCUCGAUAAUAUCAAGUCGUUAAAAUAGGGCCCUUACCGGGUGGCGAGUGUUCAAGUCUUAUUUUCAACAAAUAGUGCAAACGUAUGGUAAUGGGUCACCAAUAUAUAAAGUUUACAAUGGUUCUCAACACCUAAGUUUGUUGACUCACAAAACAAAAAGUGUCCAAAUGAAGAUUCUCAAAGUGCUCAAUUAAAGGUUCUGAUUAUAAGAAAAACUGAAAGUUCUAUAUUAUAACCUAAUGUAAUCCAGCCACCAAUUGUAAACUUGUUACGGCUGAAAAUAAUCUGGUUUUCAGCUGUUCUGGUCAUGAACCAAAUCUCCACCAGACCAAAUACCUGCUUGCAUUGCCAGAAGGUAAUGAAGAUUUUGUAAUCUAUUGCGAUGUCUCAUGUAAUCGGUAAUAAA